AUGCUCUCUGGAAGGUGCCGUUUUCUGGCAGUCCUGCUUUUCACAGGAUUGCUGUUUAUUCUAAUCCAGCUGCGGGAGCCUGUCUUUGACCCGGAGACAGGGGCAUGGACUGGUGUUUCCAGUGUAUUUCAUCUGCUGGCUCGGAAAAAUGGAGGUCUCAACAACUGCGCCAGUGAAGUAAUCCGAGACAUCGCGCAGUUAUGGGAUUGCAACUCCUUCGCUGACUAUGGGGCCGGUACCGGCGCCUAUGCACUGUAUAUGAGAGACCAUGGCUUUGAAACUGCUUGCGUGGAUGGGAACCCGGCCGUGAAAGUCUUCUCCAGAAAUCUUUGUUCAGUUGCAGACUUGAGCAAGCUUGACCCUACGCUUCCCAAGGCCGAUCUUGUCCUUUCACUGGAAGUGGCGGAGCACAUACCAGAAGCAUUUCAGGAUGCCUACAUGAGAAAUAUUGCAAACGGCGCGCAGAAAGGCGUCAUACUAUCCUGGGCUAUACCUGGGCAACCGGGCGCAG